UUGAAAAAAAGAAAACAAAUCCGGACAAAGCAGAAUCACACUGCGGCAAAUUGGUUCACAGAAAUAUAUAAUUUAAAAAGCUAAAAAGAAGAGAAAGAGGGUACAUAGAUCUAGUACGUACUCCCCACCUACUUUACACAACCCAGUUUCCUGGAAGCUCCCCCUCCCGACUCCCACCAUUGGAUUGAACGCCCCAAUCACAUUCAUGCACCUUCUCUCUCUACCCCCUCACUUUUUUUCUCCUCCUAUAUAAAAACAAACAAACCCCAUUAACUAAUUCUCUCAUCCAUCUCUCACUCCUCUUUAUCACACUCCCCCACAUAAUUAUACCCCGGCCUUUUCUCUUUUUUUCCCAUUUCUGUUUCAAUUUGCAGUUAAAUUACAAUGAUGAGAAGUUCGUCUUCUAAUUCCUCCUCCUCCGAUUCCACGUCAUCUGAUUCUUCCUUCUCCGGCAAGGGAUUGCGACGCCCGGAAAAAAUUAAAGGGCCAUGGAGUGCGGAGGAGGAUCGGAUUUUAACUCAGCUUGUGGAUCGUUAUGGAGCGAGAAAUUGGUCGUUGAUUAGCCGUUACAUUAAAGGCCGGUCUGGAAAAUCGUGCCGGCUUAGAUGGUGUAACCAGUUGAGUCCGAAUGUUGAGCAUCGCCCAUUUUCUCCCACGGAGGAUGAGACGAUUUUAGCGGCUCAUGCCCGGUUUGGGAACCGGUGGGCCACUAUUGCUCGGUUGCUUCCCGGUCGGACCGAUAAUGCCGUUAAGAAUCACUGGAACUCGACGCUAAAACGACGGGCGAGGGAACAACAGCAGCAACAAUUAGUAAUGGACGGAAUUACCCCUGAGUGUCAUGGUAGCAAUAAUAAUAAUAACAAUGCCGUGAACAUUGCUAGUGAUUUGAAGCUCUCCGUGUCCGUACCUCUGGAGGACGAUCCAUUGACCGCGUUGACUCUAGCGCCGCCGGGAAUCGGCGGCGUUAGGACGACGGCGGUGGAUGAACGGCUGGUCGAGAGUUUUCCGGCGGGGUUUUGGGAUGCAAUGAGGGAUGUAAUAGCGAGGGAGGUGAGAGAAUACAUGACGACGACGUUUAUGGAAAAUCCGGAGUUUCACUAACUGAAA